AACCGCUGAAACAGGAGAGGUGGCAGCCCAGCGAGGACCACCAUGGGGGACCAGAGGCCGCAGGACCGGCCGAGGUCCCCGGGCAUGGACUCCACUCCCCGGUAUUGUGACAAACGGCCUUCCAAGUGCUUCGCGGAGCGCAAGCACAGGCGCAUGAAGUUGCCACCCAUAGACACCGAGAACUGGAUAUUUGUGAAGGAGGGCAUGGACGACUUCCGCUACGGCUGUCCGUCUCCCAAGGAUAUGCUCAUUUGUCGCCGGGACGACUUCUUACUCCCCAAAAUCUCUAGCAGAAGUCCGCAUGCUGACCCACAAAGCAGGCAGAAAAAGCUACUCAAGAAAGCGGCCCUAUUUUCCAAACUGUCGCCAGCCCAGCUAGCACGGAAGGCGUUCGUAGAGGAAGUGGAAGGCCAGCUGAUAGCUGAGCAUUCCUUGGCCAUGGACCCCGAUGUGGCAGAAGAUAUGCCUCCAGAUCUCCUACGACAGGUGCUGAAAGUGCUGGAUCCUGAGAGGAAGCUGGAGGGCGCAUGGGCUUGUUGUGAGGGCUCGAAGAAGGCAACCGAGGAACCCACCGAGUCUGGUAAAUACCCUUGUGGGGAGAUCUCCCCAUGGCCUUCCGAGACUCCGCUGCUCCAUCUCUGUCCAGAGCCUCUCAAGAUUCUGCUGUCCAUUCUCCUACCAGAGCCUCCUGAGACUGGAGUAUCCCAUCUCUGCCGAGAGCCUCCGAAGACUCGCACAUCUCAUCUCUGCCUGGAGCCUCUGGGGGCUGCAGUUUCCCAUCUCUACCCGGAACCUCCUGAGAUUAGAGUGUCUCAAGUCUCCCCAGAGCCUCCCAAGACUCCAGUGUCUCAUAUCUACCCAGAGCCUCUCAAGACUAGAGUGUCCCAUCUCCGCUCAGAGCCUCCCAAAGCUUGUCAGGUGUGCAGUCUCCACCCAGAGCCUCCAGAGGCUGGAGUGUGUCGUUUCCAUCUGGAGCCUCCCAAGACUCGUCGGAUGUCCAGUCUCUACCCAGAGCCUCUCGAGACUGGAAGUCGUCGAUCGUCCAGUCUCCGCCCAGAACCCCCCAAGACUGGAGUGUCUCAUGUCCAACCAGAGCCUCCCAAGACUCGGGGGUCCAUUUCUAGCCCGGAACCUCCCGACACUAGUGUGGUGUCCAAUCUCCUACUAGACAUACUGAAACUGCUGGAUUCCCAGAAGGAGCUGAAGGACGUAUGGGCUCGUUGUGAGGCCCGGGUGAAGGCAAGCGAGAAACCCGCCCAGUCUGAUAAAUACCUUUCUGCAGAAGUCAUCCAGCAGCUUCCCGAGGUUUUCCUGCUUCCCGAGAUUCACUUAUCGAAUCUCCGCGUAGAGUCUCUCAAGACUCGUCGGGGGUCCCGUCUCCGCCCGGGGCAUCCGAAGACUCGUCGGGUGUCCCGUCUCCGCUCCGAGCAUCUGAAGACUCGUCUGGGGUCCCGUCUCCACCCGGAGCCUCCCAAGACUCGUCGGACGUCCAUUCUCCACCCGGAACCCCCCAAGACUCAUCGGGGGUCCAGUCUCCACCCAGAGCCUCCCAAGACUCGUCGCAGGUCCAGUCUCCGUCCAGAGCCUCCCAAGACUGAAGUGUCUCAUCUCCACCCAGAGCCUCCCAAAGCUCCAGUGUCCGAACAAUUAUCGGAGCCUCCCAAUAUUCGAACGUGCUUUCUAAACGCACUGUUUCCGGAAGAUAGCACAAGGAAGGGUUCUCCUAAAUUUAGAUACACAUCGGAAGAACUCCGUGACUUCUUCAAGUGGACUGAAGAAAUGGGAGCUGAUGAAGAAUCCAUCAGGGAUCUCUUUGAUUUUACCCCCGAGUGCAAACCAACCUGUUACGACCUAAAGCUGAAGAAGAUAAACGAGUGUUACUCAGAACUGAAGUACAGCAUGGAGCUAAGUGAAAAGGAUGAGGUCAAAUUCUUCUUACAGGAACAAGUCUGGAACAGGAAAACACCAAAAGCACCCAAUUCUUUUACUGCGCAGCCUGUGAAGAUGAGGUAUGGAGCAUGGUACCUCAAGCCUAAGUUGUGGAGAAAGCUAAGAAGUGAUGAACCUUUAAUUGACCCCAAGCUGUUACUUAAAAAGCCUCAUAAACCCGACAUUCUUGACGAACUUUACGGACCGAUCGCCUUUAAGGAUUUCAUUCUAAGCAAGGGCUACAAAAUGCCUGGCGUCAUUGAAAAGCUGUUUACCAGGAUGGGAUGGAAAUAUGACACUGUUAAGACUCCUAUGGAACGUGUAACAAAAUAUUUCAAGUACAAGCCAGAGGACACAAAUGUAUCGGAAGAAAAUUAGAUGGUUUUCAAUGGGGUAUUUCUUGCUCUCAUUUUAAACAUCAAUCAAAAUUUAUGAUGACUGGCCUGGUAAGUGUACAACUUUGGCAACAUCUGUAAAUUCAGUAUCUAAUGUUUAUACACAUUUCUUAAUCACCUGCUUUGGCUUCAUUAUUUCAUAUAUUUUAUCAAUUAUCUGAUUAAUAUCACUGUGAAUAUUACAUCAUAAUGUCAAUUAUUUGUAAAAAUACAUAAAACCAGAAACAAAAGAAUUAUCCUU